AUGUCGGAAGAACCUUUAUUGCCACUCUACAAUGAUUCAUCUCUGCGGCGGUAUAUCGUUAUACGUUUCUCCGAUGUGGGUAUUAGGGAUCUAGAUAUCGAUGUCACAAAUAUUCCAUACAGUGACAUAAAUACACAAUGGUUACGGAGGAAAUGUCGAGCCCUGCAUCCAGAAGAGACAUCUAAUAGAAGGUUGAAGUUUAUAAGAAGUGGUGCAAUGUUAAAGUCGCAUAGUGACCUCUCAAGGGAGAUGAAUCGCUAUUUCAUUCAGCAUCGUGACCAACAGGAUAGUAACAGAUUCUACAUCCACUGUAUUGUGGGAAGUGAAACGCUGAGUAAUGAGCAACUUACCAAUGAGGAUGCCCUAGAUGAUGUGUCGCCGUCAAACGAGGGUACAACCACGCAAGCGAUUGGGUUCGACCGGCUUAGAGCAGUCGGGUUCUCGGAACAAGAGAUUGAGCUGCUGAGACAGCAGUUCAGACACACAUACGGCGACCUGGAAGAGGAGGCAUCGAGACACAAUGGAAAUGAAGACGGGAGUACUGAUAUUAGACAGCUGGAAGAACAAUGGAUGGAGACUGGAGUAGAUGAUGGCAGCGGCAGGGCAUUAGACGAUAAUAGAUUCAAUUCCAUAGCAGUAGCAAAUUUUAAACACAACAAGGACUUAUUAAUUGGAAUUUGUAUCGGCUUCGUUUUUGGCAUUUUUGGACUACUCCUGAUGAAGCUAGACGGGUUGUUCAAUAAAAGACAGAAAAUGUCGAUAGUAGCCGGUGUAAUAGUAAAUAUUAUGUUCAAUCUAUUUAGGGGAUUUUAG